GUCGCCAGUGACCUCUGACAGUCGCACGAGCAGGUCUAGACAGCAUGAAGACGACACUAUCGACAGGCUUGACGGCCUUGUUGGGCUUAUCGCUCACGACAUCCGCCGAUGCCAAAUUGCAUAGGAUGAAGGUACACAAGCUCCCCUCUGUCCAACACGAUCUACACGAACACGCCUCUGGCCUAUCGUACAUCGCCGCUCAGACUGCCGGACUGAAGCAGAAGUACCUCUCUAACCGGCUAGGCGGUGCUCGAUCCGGUCUACGCACCAACCGUCCUUAUGGCUAUCCCAUCGGCGCUGGCUCGUCCGACUUUGACGGCCACGUCGUGCCAGAGGAUGAGGGCGACUUCACGAUCCAGAUGAUCAAGGCAGACGGCGACAAGGUCGAGCACGGCGUUCCACUAUCCAACUUCCUGAACGCUCAGUACUUUGCUGACAUCACCCUCGGCACGCCACCUCAAGAGUUCAAGGUCGUCCUCGACACCGGAUCGAGCAACUUGUGGGUUCCCUCGACCCGAUGCAGCUCCAUCGCUUGCUUCCUGCACAAGAAGUAUGACGCAUCCGCCUCAUCGACCUACAAGGAGAACGGCACGGAAUUCAAGAUCCAGUACGGCUCUGGAUCGCUCGAAGGUGUCAUCUCGAACGAUGUCAUGACCAUCGGCGACAUUACCAUCAAGAAGCAAGACUUUGCCGAGAGCACAAAGGAACCCGGACUUGCUUUCGCGUUCGGCAAGUUUGACGGUAUCCUCGGCCUUGCUUACGACCGUAUCGCUGUCCAGCACGUCACGCCACCCUUCUACAACAUGAUCGCCGACGGACUCGUCGACAAGGCAGAGUUCUCCUUCUGGCUCGGCGAUACUGCCGAUGGCGAGGGCGCACCGGGCGGCGAGUUCGUCAUGGGCGGCACUGACCCGGCUCACUACAAGGGCAAGAUCCAAUGGGCGCCCGUCCGCAGAAAGGGCUAUUGGGAGGUCGAGCUCUCGAAGAUCAAGUUUGGCAAGGACGAGCUUGAACUGGAAAGCACUGGCGCUGCCAUCGAUACCGGCACUUCUCUCAUCGCCCUGCCCUCUGACCUCGCCGAGCUGCUGAACAAGGAGAUUGGCGCAAAGAAGAGCUGGAACGGCCAAUACACUGUCGACUGUGCCGCGAUCCCCUCGCUGCCUGAUCUCACCAUGUAUUUUGCUGGCGAGCCCUACACCAUCACCGGCGCAGACUACAUCCUCCAGGCACAGGGCACUUGCAUCUCUGCCUUUACUGGUCUUGAUUUCCCUGAGUCGAUCGGACCCAUCUGGAUCGUCGGCGACGUCUUCCUCCGUCGCUUCUUCACCGUCUACAGCCUGGAGAAGGACGCCGUCGGUUUUGCAGUGUCCACAUAAAAGCCAAUGCGCUCGCUAGCCCGUUUCGCUCUUUCGACUCUCAAGACCUAUUGCGCACUCAAUACCUC